ACUCUAUGAAUGUCAAGAAGUGGAUUUCUUCUCGUGAGCAUCGGCGAUGAUACAAAGCUGCAUUUUAAUGUGGAAACCUUAACUUUCCUCUUUAGUUAAUCGCCAAGCUAAGCCACUUUGCUUUUGAUUCAUGAGUACGCGUUGGAUUAUUGAAGUCUAUUGAUUACUGCUGAGGCCGUCGUUGGUUUUUAGUGGUGAGCACGCACUGCGUUGCUUGAUGAUAUGCAGGGGAGCUGGUGAAUUAUUAGUUUUAAAUAAUGGAACACAGCAGAACGGUGGUGCCAAAUACUGUCAGCUUAGUAGUAAACACGAAGCCGAAUCAUCUUCUACUAAAAUGAUUACAGAAGAUUCAAUCAAUAAUUCAAUGACUAAUUAAUAUUUGCAUGAGGUAUGAUGAGAAUUAUGAGAAACUAUACUUAUUGAGUGGACUUUGAAAAGAGCUUUUAAUAGACGAGGGAAAAGAUGGAUGUGCUAACAGCCAUCCAUAUACAAGCAACUUGAGGUUAACUUUGAAGGUUCUACUGAAUUUCUUGUGUCAGAUUGUGGUUAUAAUGUCUCAUACUGAGAUGCUGGGCCCAUUUGACCACCCACCCAAUAUGCUAUCUGGCUCAACAAAGGUUUAUAGCAGUCAAAAAGCUGUCAUGCAGUUGUACUUUUACAUUAGAUAAUUGUUGAUUUGACCUGAAAGCUUCUUUGGCAGCCUCCGCUCCCUUUGGGUGGACCGCUGCCAGGCCAUCAAUGGAUGGGUCAGUGCACAUUUGCAUAGCAGCCUAUGAAAACACACACACACACACACGCAAAACCAUAACGAUGAGAGCAUGUUUUCUGUUCAUUUUCAACAGCACAAUAGAAUUUCAGUGUAUCUGGAAUCUCUACAUUUGUUGGACACCUGCAGACAGAAUGGAAAGUAGUAAUCGAUACUUUUGCAUUCAUGAAAGUUACUCAUUUGACAACAUGUUUAUUGUUGUGUUGUUGUGAUGUGGAAUUGCACUGCAUUACACACAGAUGUUUGUAUUUCACUUCCCUUAGUAAGGUAGAUGAGAAGGUCAAAUUAUUAGAAAUGGCUCUUCGUGUGACUUAUGGCUACAGGUUGCUGCACUAAUAUUUCUUUUUAAAUUAAUACUUUGUACAUCAGUAGAACAAAAACUGAGUAAGAAAAAUUGAUGGUUGUAAUAAUGAAAAAUAGCAAACAAUUACAGGACUACUUUUGGAAUGAUAAGGUGCCAAAAGUUAAACAUUUGCCUUUCAAAUGGUACGCAGCAGUUCGUCAUAAGCCAAAAGUGCCCCCUUUUGGUGGCGUGUGCUGUCAGGCCAUUGGUGGAUGGGUCAACUCAUUUACAUACGGCCCAGUUUAUAGCCUGCCUGUAAGUGUGAAGCAUGCACUUACUCACAAAGCUGAGGUCUGCUCAGGUCAUUUGUGAUUCACAUGAGUAGAACUUCUUUGGUUUUUUAACAAGAUGGCAAGACUUGCUCACUGCUGCUUCGUGCUGGCUUUAAUUAUUUACAAGGUUCAGUGCACGACAACAAGAUACUUCACCUACGAGGAGGACGCACCUGGGACAGAAAUAGGCAACUUAUCCCGAGACUUGAAAAUCGACCCCGCCGAAGGCCAUGACACGUCCUUUCGCUUCAUGCAGGAAAACAAUUUCUCGGUAGUGUACAUGCGUGAGGCCGACGGGCUCUUGUGCGUGGCUGAGCUCAUCGACCGCGAGCUGCUGUGUCCUCGCACCCCGCGGUGCUUUGUCACCUUUGACGUGGUGGCUCUCUCCAAUGAAAAGUUUCAGCUCAUUCACGUUGAGAUUGAAGUGCGGGACAUAAACGACCAUGCCCCCGCAUUUGCCCGCAAUGAAAGCACUCUGGAAAUCUUGGAGAAUUUGCCCCUGGACUCUCGUUUCCCGUUACCUAUUGCUGUUGACCCGGAUGUGGGUGAAAACUACAUCCAGAGCUACAACAUCUCCCCCAGCAGCCACUUUGCCGUGGAGGCGCAUGAGCGGGAGGAUGGCGUCAAGUUUGCCGAGCUGGUUCUGGUGAGGGAGCUGGACCGGGAGAUGGAGGACUCCUACCUGGUGGAGGUAACCGCAACUGACGGAGGCGUGCCCAACAGAUCAGGCUCCACGACGGUUCGCAUCAAGGUGAUGGACUUCAAUGACAACGGGCCCAUUUUUGAGCAUGGCUCGCUGAAGGUGGAGCUUAACGAGGACGCUCCGGUGGGCCACCGUGUGGUGCGGGUGCACGCCUUCGACCCUGACGAGGGCGUCAACGGCGAGGUGAUGUACGCCUUUGACAGUUUCUCGGCAGAAGCCGCCCGCGUCUUCCACAUUGACCCGCACACCGGCGACGUGACGCUGAGGGCCCGUGUGGACUUUGAGAGGCGUCGAUCCUACGAGCUGCGUGUCAAGGCCUCCGACCUGGGCGCCGAGCCUGCGUCCUCCAGUUGGAAGGUGUCAAUUGACGUGGUGGACGUGAACGACAACGCGCCUGAGAUCAACAUCAAGCCCAUGACCGCCAGUGCAGACGACGUGGCGUACAUCACAGAGGCUGCGGCCGCAGAAAGCUUUGUGGCCCUCAUCAGCACCUCGGACCUGGACUCUGGCUCUAACGGCUACGUGCGAGUCAGCCUUCUCGGCCACGAAGACUUCACCUUGCAGCAAGCCUACGGGGAGACCUUCAUGAUAGUCACCACCGCCACUCUGGACCGGGAGAGGAUCCCUGAGUAUAACCUGACUAUUGUUGCUGAAGAUUUGGGCAGCCCCCCUUUUAAAACAGUGCGCCAGUACACCAUCAGGGUCACCGAUGAGAACGACAACGCACCUCUGUUCAGUAAGUCGGCGUAUGAAGUCUCAAUCAUAGAAAACAACAUUCCAGGUUCUUACGUCACCACAGUAGUGGCCCGCGAUCUUGACCUGGGCAAAAAUGCAAAAGUCUCCUACAAGCUUCUGGAGUCUGACGUGCAAGGCGGGUCGCUGGUUUCCACCUUCGUGUCUGUAGAUUCCCAAACGGGCUCUUUGUACACAGCCAGGUCCUUCGACUAUGAGAGCAUCCAUGAAGUUGAGCUGGUCAUCCAAGCGGAAGACAAAGGGUCCCCUUCGUUGUCGAGCACGACGACAAUUAAAAUCCAAGUGGUGGACCAGAAUGACAACUACCCGUAUUUCACCUUCCCCGUGUUGUUUAACGACUCCGCCGAUAUCCCGCUGCCCUUGAACGCCCCCGCUUCCUAUCUGGCUCUGCGCCUCUCUGCCGAAGACACAGAUGACGGCGUGAACGCCGAGCUGUCCUACCACAUGUUACAAGGCGACCGCAAAUUAUUCAGUGUGGACAAGGGUACCGGGGAGAUCACCCUCAAACAAUGGCUGAAGGCCCAAAUCGGGGACAUCCUGGAACUGGUCGUGGUUGUGAGCGACCGCGGCCGUUCACCACUCUCCAGCAGCGCCACCGUGCGCUUCGUGGUCACUGACACGGAUCCCAACGAGGACCGAGCCGUGGUGGUCUUGCGUUCAAGCGAUGAAGAAGGCAUCGUGGCGGGCUUGGAUGCCUCGCUGGUGGUCAUCAUCUUGCUAAGCGGCGGGUGCGCUCUGCUGCUGGUGGCCAUCGUGGCCGUGGUGGUCACGUGCAAAGUGGGCCGCGGCCGCUCAGGGCUUUCUAAAAGGGAAGGCCGCCACAAUUUGUUUGACAGCAGGCCGCCCCCCGGGUCCACCCAUGGUAACAUAUACACUGGCUCGAGAGGCUUCUUCCUGGAAAGGACCUCCUCGAGUUUGGAUGACUCCUGCUCGUAUGAGGAGAGAAGCAACGACUCAGAAUCAAAGGUGUUCAUUCCCUCAAAGCACUUCCAGCCGUCAUCUAUAUGGCAAGCUGACAAGUAUUGUUUGCAAGUGAGUGGCACGACCAACACUGACCAGCUGAGCGUGAAGGACAGCGGCAAAGGGGACAGCGACUUCAAUGACUCGGACUCGGACGUCAGCGGAGACGCUGGCAAGAGGAGCUUCAGCACCUUUCACCCAAGACUUAAAAGUUCGUCCAGCACCGCUAACAGCUUAGCGGGGGAUUGCCAAGGCACCUACUGUGCGAUACCGCAGCAGUGCUUCAGGAACCCCAGAGACUUGGCGUAUGCCGUCGGCUUCUCCCCGGAAAUCCUCUUCAAUGAUCUGAACGGCUACACCCACUCCUGGAAGGAAUCUGGCUAUGCGACCAAUCCCAAGAAACCUCAUAGUGGUGGUGUGCAGAACUACACGGGUAGAACGGGAACCCUUCCACCUUACCUGUCUCAGGUGCAGAAUGACCCUAAACUCCACAAGCCAAAUAUUGUAACCGUGGCAACGGAAUCAGAGGUAGCGACUAUGUUUUGAGUUUUAACCUCACGUGAACUGUGAAUACUUGUAAAAAAUUUCUCAGUGUUUAUUAGCAUUUGCUGAUGUGUAUUUGUAUAUAUUUUUUAGUCCGCCUUUCCCAAUAAAUGUGUGAUUGUCAAAAA